CACGGUAAAGGUAAGGGUGGCUCUAGGGUGGCAGGCAAGCCCCGAUUCCAGUGGAUUCCAGGCCUCGGUUAGUCGUGCGAGGUGCGAGGGUCGCGCAAGCUCGUAAGCUCGUCGUCACCGUGCUCGUGCUCGUUGACGCCGCCGCCUCAACCAGCCUCGACGAGCAGCUGUCAACGAAAUUGCUGCCCAAUUAUAAUAUCUUGUCCAUCCAAUAACCAUUCGACCGAUUUGAGACUGAUAUAGGGAUUCGGAACAAGAGGAACGAAAAGAACGAGAAGGAAAAGCGGCGGAAGACGACGAUGCCAAAAAACGAGCGAAACACGAAGUCGGAUGCUUGGUACGCGAGAUAGUGGAGAACACUCGACGGAUAACAGUGGCGAUAGUGACCAGUGAUUUCGGCACGAUUAGCAGCUUAAUUGAUCAGGGUUUACAAUUUCGGGUUUAGCUAUGGGUUGGGCUCUUACCGGACUCGGAGUAGCUUUGAUCAUCGUCAUUGCUGCUGGCGCCACGCUUGUCCUUUGCAAAAGAUACUGCAUUGGAUGGCAAUUUGGCAUCAGGAAUGUCUGGAAUGUUUGCGAGGAAUGGAGACAAAGGCUUUCUUGGCUUUGGGCACCACGGGAAGAAAAGGUGGGAUUGGUAAAGGCUCAGCAUCCAACCGCCCAGACAAUACCAGGCCUAUAUCGCCAGACUGGGAAUGCCUCUCAACAUCUCUUGCAUAGCGAUAGCGACCUCCGGCUAGAUGCGCAAGGCGCCUUUACCAGAUUUGAGGCUGUCGACAGGGAUCUACAUCCGCCUCUCGGCAGCAGUGCGAUACCACCUCAACCAUUGAGGCCUGCUCCGCAACCACGACCGACCGCUCGUCCGAGGCCGUCGCCGCUUCAGACGCCGAGUACUGUCGACUAUAUUAGGAUGCACGAAGCUGGUCCAGGUCCGUUGACGCCGCCGCCGUCGUUGCAAAGAGGAUCGAUACGAUCGAGAGCCCCCGGUCCGUCCGUGUUUCUCUUUCAGAGCGAACCGUCGAAGAAUCACGACCCCUUCCAGUCGAUCGAGCGUUCCACCUUCGUGUUCGACAAUGGUCCUGCGAAGACGAUAACGGAAAGCAUCCAAAUGACACCUUACUCUAGUCAAAACCACGUAGAUUCAAGAUUAAUCAGGCAAUUUGAACCUCCCAAAGAGCCGGCGUGGCUCAGAUACGGUAUAAGCGAACCUCUAGAUAACCGUCAUGACAAGUUGAACGACGAGGAUGUCAAUAGAAGUUAUGGCAGCUACGAGAUCGUCCAGAGGAAUCAUAUCGCGCGCCCAUACGCGAGGAAUGAAUCCAGAGGGUUUGCGGAUAAUUUCAGCAUGACGAAUUCAUCGAACGCAGCUAACCAGACGAUCAUGGAGUCGAUAUACGGACCACAGACCAUUUCAAAGAUGCUUCAGAACAGCGAGGAGCUGAACGGCGACCUCAAUCGAAAGAAUAGCGAUAUGCAGAACAUCGAGAUGACUCCGUUCAAGAGUAUUUCCGGCCAUCAAGAAGAUAUCGAUUCCUACAUGUUUCACAGCGAUCUAUCCAAGUCGCAUGAUCUUCAGCGAGUCUCGCAAUACAUUCAGAGCUUGCCUGACCUUCCUGUCUACGAAUCCAUGAACGAGCUUCAGGCACGCUCAAAUCGUGAAUCAAUACUGUUCGCAAGCGCAAUUCAAGAAUCGAUCGUAGACGAGACGAAAAUCGCGAACGAGUCUGCCUUGAGCCCGAUACCACCGCCACCCGCACCCCCGGACCCGUCUCAGGAGAUCACGAAGAAGAGUAGCCCAACAACCGGUGAGAGAAUCUUCAGCGCGCUCAGAUCAGUCACCUCACAGAGCUACAUAGAUGCUUCGGAGUUUUAUAAUUCGGUACUCUCCUCAGCGCAGCAAGUACAGCGACUUGCGUUUCCAUCGACAUCACCACCGUUUGUGAAUGAUAACACUGAAGAUCAGGAUGCCGAAUACUUGCAAGAUAUGCGAGAUAUUUAUGCCGAAACCGACCCAGACCUGACUGGUCUCGAUGGCUCGAGACGGAGCUCUGAUCUUUAUAGUCCUGAAUUAAAUCUCGAAGCUCAUAGAACAGCGCAAGAGGUGUACAAUAGUCUACAAGAUCCACCGUCGUCUCCCUUAUUGCUUAAGGAUCACAGUCACGAGUCUUGUACUUAUUUAUCAGAUCCCAGUUUCAUCCGAACGUCAGAGGAUAUUUUUAACAGCCUCGAACAAAGACGUAAAAGUAUAGAAAGACUGAAUGGUAUUCAUGAAUAUGUAGAACUUGAUCCUGCCGAUCCCUCGAGGAGAAGGAAUAGCCAGGAACUCUAUGCCGCCUUAGAGGAGGUGCAAUUGAAGAGACGACUUUCACAGAGUCUGGAGGAGUCAUACCUGGGUUACGCAAUAAACGACUACGGCAACAUCAGAUCGGGAAAUCGUCGAGGUUCGCUAGGUCCCGAGCCGGAACCACCACCCGACGAAUCCAAUUUAAAAAGAGCGAUUAGUUGCGAGAGCGUAUGUUCCGAUACUAGCGUCAACCUGAACGAUCUGGAAGAAGCACCUAUCGUAGGUCACAUCUGUGUUGGACUUGAACACGAGAGGUGGGGUGGUCGCGGAAGCGACUGCGAAGGCGAUCUGGCCAUAAGCGUCUUGGAAGCCAGGGAUCUCGUUGCUGCCGAUGGCUCUCCCGCACAAGAUACUUUCGUUAGAGUGUGUCUACUACCUGACAGGCAGACUCAUGUGCAAACGAGAAUUUAUAGGGGAUGUCCAUCACCUAGUUAUCAGGAGAAAUUUUUAUUUCCUCUCGAUGGCGGUCCAGCAGGCAGAACACUUCUUGUUGAGGUAUUUUCCGAUGAAUCUAACAUCGGCGGCGGCGCAUCCUUAAUCGGCGAAGCCAGUUUGAAGCUCGGACCUGCAGCAAGACCGCCAGCUACGACUUGGCUGGCACUCAGUGGACCUGCCUUACCUACUCCGCAUCUAGGAGAGUUGAUGUUCUCUCUUAGUUACUUGCCUACGGCGGAGAGACUCACCCUCGUAGUAGUUAAAGCGCGGAACUUGCACGGAACAAGUUUAUCUCCGGGUGAUUUUUUCGUCAAGGUAUACCUACUUCAACAAGGGAAAAAGAUGCAUAAGAAGAAGACAUCCGUGAAAAAAGGCGAGAAAAGUCCAAUUUUCAACGAGGCGAUAAUAUUCAGUGUGCCAGCGCACGCUUUACAGACUAUACAGCUGAGAUUGACGGUGGCGGAAUUGAACGGAGAUCAAGGUACAAAUUCAAAGGCAUACUCUGUAGGACACAUUAUUGUAGGAUCUACCUCGACGGGAAAAGCGCUGGCUCAUUGGAGACAAAUGUUAACGGCCUUGCGACGCCCGGUUGCUAUGUGGCAUCCUCUCAGGAAGUAGAAACAGAACCGCGUUCCAUUUAAAAAUAACCAGAAAACUGCGAUUUGCGAAACAAUCCUAAAAUAUCACUUUUAAUCCUGAAUGCUCUCGUAUAGGUGUCACAUACCCUUUCUUUGAUAUAUUUAAUAUCGGGAAGGAUACGCACAUGUAUAAUCUGUGUAAAAUAAGAUAAAGUUUCACGGAAAUGCGCAUUACAAGCGUAUAUCCUAAAAUCUAUUUACUGUUAACGGUCGUUUAGACCAUCGCGUCGCAAUAUUGUUGAUGACGGAAUUUAUGAGCGAAAUUGUAUGCACACUACUGUAUCGCACGAACCAAUACUAAUUACUAUCGCAAUUAUUCAGUUAGUCAAAUACUGAAUUCAUCAAGCACGAAUGAGCUCCAAAGUGAUCCGCACCAUCGUUUACGUAAAUCGUGAUAUGGACAAUUAGAAUGGUUUGAGUAAAUUUUGCAUUUAGAUUGUUACUUGAAAAAUCGUGCAAAUUGCAAUCAAUUGCAGCAAUUAAAUCUUCCUUCUAAGUAUUAGAUAGGUAGACCUAUUUAAAGGGAUUCAACGCGGCCGACUGAAAUGCCGACUGAAGCAAAAUUUAUGUGUUCUGUUACAUAUCUCUUUCUAAGCAAUUAACUCUUUUAAAGCAAUUAAUUCGUUUUGGAUCCCUUUUACGAAUAUUUUAACUGUAAGUUUCUCUCUCUCUUAGAAAUUAGAUUAUAAACUAAUCUACAGAACUAAACUAAACUAAAUUAAACUAAACUAAACUAGAGACUAACAAACGCUUAACGCUAUACAACUUUAAAACCGAUCAUGUAGUUGUUAGCAAAACAUUGAACUUUUUAUUUAUUAUUCGCUAUAAUUCGCUUAUUAUUCACCCCCCUUUUUAGAAACAAAUAAUUCAUAAAUUUUGAAUUUUUUCUAUAUUAUCGAUCGUUUUUUCUAUGCUAAUAUAUAUGCCAAACAUGUAUGAUUAAAUAAUUACUAUUUAUAAAAUACAUAAAGCUGAUGCACACUUAUCGCCAUAGAUGGAAAAUGGCAGGAUGUAUUUUUUCACGAACAUGUUAACCGAUCAAUUGAUUACAAUCCAUUCCAUGUUCAACGACGAGGCGAUCCAUGCGACGAAAAAUCAAAGCCCGAUUACAGUAUUCGAUGAUGUCGGAAUUAUUUUGAGGCUGACAAGACUCGUAGUAGAUAUGAUGAUUUCGUUACAUCCAUAAAAAAAAAAGUUACACGAUCCUACAUAAUCGCCAUAACUUCCUGAUAAAUGUUACAUGUUGAUUCUUUGGACGAUACAUUGCCUUUUAAAAACUAAGGGUCACAAGUUUUGACGAUCACUAGAGUUUAAUGUAGGAUUAGCUUUAAGAAUAUCAUAAAUUAGCAUGUAAGGGAGAUGCUAGACCUUUCUAUAUAAUAACUGCUCCUUAAAGAAUCGCUGCUGUAUGUUUUAGUGACCCAUACAUAGCGUGCGUGCCUGUACCUUCGCGAUUUACACUUCGAAAAUGUUUUUAAAUUUAUUCAGCACAGAUAAAAAAGUUUAAGUGCAGAGUUUAUUAGGCUUUGAUAAUAACCAAGAAUGAAUGUCAGAUAAUAUCCUUGUAAAUAAUAGAUGAAUUAUAGAGAACUGAUGGGAAUUAUUCUGUAAAAUGUAGUAUUCAGUUUCUAAUUAGGAUUAAUUCAAUUUUGAAAUCUUCU